AUGAACGCAAACGAAGAUGCAAUUGCUAACAAAGCUAUUGAAGAUUGGAUGAGCAUAAUUAAGGAUGAUCUUGAAGCUUCCAAUAAGGAAGCAUCAAUACGUUACAAUUAUGACUUUAAAAGAGAUAUUCCAUUAGGCGAUGUGUCAUCAGAUUUUUAUUGGUUCUCUGACGACAGCUCACCAAAAGAGUCAAUCUUUAAGCCAAGGAUUUUGGUAGAUCUAUCUCUAAACGUAUCACAGUAUUUUAAAAGGGCUUAA